AAUAUAUCAUCAAAAACAUUUUUGCGUCUUCGAUAAAUUUAAGGUUCAGUAAUGAUCCUUGAGAGCAAUUUAUGGCUGAUGAAGACUGUAGUGAAAACAGAAAUACUCUAUUUGUAAAGAUAGUUAGGAAUUGAAAUGUUAUUAGUAACAUAUAAAACACAACUUGCUUAUUAGAAUUUAAUCCAUAUUUCUAUGGAAUUUGUUCUAUUUUAUUAAUUUGUUAUAAUUAUAUAAAGUUGUGCUAUUUAUAUGACAAGAGACUGACUUUGAUACAUUUUGGAGAUAUUUUCUUCAAUGUUUAAAGGUAUCUCUUACAAUAGUGCAGCAUCAUCCACAUAUUAUAAAUACAUUAGAAUUUUGUGCCACAUUUUCUAUGAGCUUCUAUUCAUCAUCUGAAAAUAAUGAACCAAUGUCACCAUUUCUUUCAAACCUGUUCCAAUUUCUCUUGACGAGUCAUAAUGCAAAAGAUAAAACAGUGAGAUUUCGCAUAUGUCACUUCUUAAAUAUGAUACUAAACUCGAUGGGUGACUCUGCUUUCAUUGAUGACAGUCUGUGUGAUCGUAUUAUAACUAGCAUGACAGAACGAUUGUUGGAUAAAUCACCUAAAGUUAGAGUGCAAGCUGUUUUUGCAUUGCACAGAUUGCAAGAUCCAUCAGAUGAACAUUGCACUAUUAUAAAGUUAUAUCUCUUCCAUGUAUCCAAAGAUCCUUCACCUGAAGUUCGUAAGGCAGUACUUGCUAGUAUGGGAAAGAAUCAAAAGACUUUACAAGCUGCAUUGGCAAGAACAAGAGAUAUAGAUGAUAAUGUACGCAGAAUGGCAUAUGAAUUUAUCAGUAAGAUCACAGUACGCUCUUUAACUAUUGCACAAAGAGACUGUUUGUUAAAAGAUGGUCUCCGGGAUAGAUCUGCAUCUGUCAAAACUUAUGUCAGCAAUACUUUGUUGCCAACUUGGCUAAGACAUUAUAAAGGAGAUUAUAUAAAUUUUGUACAUGCUUUGGAUGCUGGGAUAGGAACAGAAGCUGCAACAUUAGGUUUAAUAACAUUGUUUAAAAUUGCAGAUAUUAAUACGUUAUUGGAGCAAGUACCAGUAGAUAAAAACACAAGACUGAUUCCACUGACAAACUUGUCAAAUGAAAAUGCUUUGUACUGGAAGAGUUUGAUACAACAUUUGCAAAAUCUUUCUUGUACAGACGAAGUAGAAUUAAUUAUCCCAGAAUUGUCAGAAUUUUGUACAUACAUACGUGAAUUCAUUACUCUUAUGUCUUCAGAAUCAUAUGACUCAUAUGAAAGAACGGGACACAAAUUUAUUCUCUUGCAAUUGCUCGAAAUAUCUAAAACAUAUGAUCUGUCAGAUGAAGUAGGCAGAAAAAACUUGAAGGAAGUGAUGAUAGAUACUUUGAUGAGUGAUCAUUGUUCUGCUAAUAUAAUUGAAUGUAUUGUAAAUCAUUUAGCAAAGGUGAUACCUGACGUUAACAGUUUCUUAGAUGUUAUUGUGAAUGUUAUCAAUGAUACCAGACUGCCUCCGAAAGAAAGCGUAAUUUCUGAAGAAAUUACCGUUGAGCACGAGCGUGACAAUGACAUGCAAAAAGCAAAACUUAAAGUCGAGAUGUUGGAACUCGAAGAAGAAUUAUAUCUAGCGAUUAAGGAAGAGAAUUUUCUACAGGCGGAAAGUUUGAAAGAAAAAAUUAAGAUUUUGAAAGAAGAAAUAGCUCGAUUAUCAAAAGUGAACAAACCUAUCAUGAUGAUUGAUGAAGAACAGGAGGAAAAAAAUGAUCUGGCAACCAUGGUGAAAUGUCUCAAUAUUUUGUACAAUGCAAUAAAAGCUGUUAAUAUUCACACAUUAACGCCCAUUCUUAAAGGUUUGAUGUCCUUUGUUUUGGACAGUCUCGACCAUCCUGAUGACAGCGUGCACAUAUUAGCAUUAAAAGUCUUGAGUAUCUAUUGCAUCUUGGAUAAAGAAUUGGCUAAAAAGCAUAUAAUGAUAUUUUUUUAUCAAUUCUCGCUUGAGCCAGAUGAUCAGGAAAUAUGGAUAAUUGCCUUAAAGGGAAUAUUCGAUCUCUUGCUUUAUUACGGUAUAGAAUGUUUUGAUAUUUUGCAAGGUUUGAAAGAAACUUCUACUACUCAGAAUAGCACUCGUUCACUUUAUACUCAUGAAGACACUAUUACUUCUAUACACGAUGUAAAGCAGACGAAAACAGUGCAGAAUAAUUACAAUUUUAUCAAGAUUUUAACAGGAUUGUUGAAUAAUGAGAAUCAAGAUUUGCGUACUAUCGCUGCGGAAGGACUUUGUAAAUUACUGCUCAAUCGGAGAAUAAAUGACAGUAAUUUAAUAUCACGGUUGAUAAUUCUUUGUUACAAUCCAGUUAAUGCUAAUGACGAUUAUCUUCGGCAAUGCUUGAGCGUUUUUUUCAAUCAGUUUGUAACACGUGUAUCUGAUGCAUAUGAGAUGCUCGAAAGCAUAUAUUUUUCCACACUUCGUGUUCUUUGUAAGGCACCGGAUACUAGUCCUCUGCAGGAAAUCGAUCCUUACCAAGUAUCCAGAUUUAUAUUGAAUUUAACCAGAUCUGACAAAGGGUCUUACAUACACAACAAUUUUGCGUUUGCUAUAUUGGCCGAGAUUCUGAAUCCGGAGAGCGAAAUAGACAAAGAAACUCUUGUUAAAUCCUUGCCAAAUUUGAACACUCAAAUCGAAGACGGACCGUCGAAGCAAAACUUGCAAGAGGCUGUCAAGAAUGUCAGGAGCAUGCUUGUCAAGUCCAGCAAACGAUUGUUGAAAUAUAUUCAUCAAUUUCAAAAACAAAUAGAAGAUUCUCAACAAGAAGCGAAGUCAGAAUCUGAUAUUGGAGAGAAGGAAAGUGUACAUGAGGAAAGCGAAAAUGAAGAAACUGAAUAAACAACUCCACUAUGUGGUGCGAUUCUCUCGACGAAGAAAAUCGCCUUUUGGUUAAAAUCAUCAUUUGUUUGCGCGAUGACUUACUCUUAUCCGUUCUCGAAUUAUUGUAAACUAUAUGUAGAAUAUAGCAUUAAAUCAUUAAUAUAAUAAAUAAAACAUUUGUUCUUUUUCAUGAAACUUUUCUCAUUCAGUGGAUUCACUAUUUUAUAUUGUUCUUCCAAGAAGAAAUUCUUCCAAGGGCCGGUUGUUCCACCUUCGGAUAAAUCUCAGUUUGCUCGACAGGUUUUUAUCUAUAAGAUAAAUGUUACCGAGUAGUUUAUCAGCCACGUGACUGUUGUUUUAUGAUUA